UCACCUAGCGUCAUUUACCAAUAUUGCACUCUGACAUUAUUAGGUCAGAACCAUUGUUGUUGCAAUGCUUUGUCUGACCCAAUGCGGGUAGUUAAGCCGGUUUGGUGGUACGCGUUCUAUAGGACAACACAUGAUGUACUGUCCAUAAUGUUGUUACCGUGGUGUGGCUAGAGAAAGCGUUCCUCCAAUACAUUCUCCUGCGAUCCCGACAAGAUCUACAGUCUCUCUCGACAUACAUGGAAACAUUCAUAUCAGCUCAGAAGAUGACAAAGAGAGCCCCACCACUGCAACUGUUCAAAGCCAUCGUAUGGCUGGUCGUUUUCACAACAGUUGUCAUCACGAUGGUCACGUUAUUUACCGCGAGACUUGGGACUUCUAGAUCUAUGCAAGUUCAACGAAGGGCGAUGCCAACAUAUCUGUUUAGGCAACGAAGUGACUUUGUUGAAAAAGACAAGUUUACUUCACCAAACUGCACAGCAAGAACCAAGCUAGCCCUGACAAAAACGCACAAGACAGGGGGGACAACUCUUAUGCAGAUCUUCCACCGGUAUGCCUACCUUCACAACCUGUCUGUAGUCCUACCUACAGUCACACACCCGGGCCGUAUGAACCUCUUCUAUCUGCACGGUCUUAUCCCGAAAAACUACCUCCCACCACAAUCUAAAGCUCACGGCUAUGAUAUGCUAAUCUACCACACUAAGUACAACCAAGAAAACUACACCAAGUUACUCGGAAAAGACGCUGUCUUCAUCACCAUCCUGAGAGAGCCACUCAGUCAUCUUAAGUCUCAGUUUAACUUCUUCAACCUGGCGGAGAAGUUUAAGUUGACAGGGCCGCAGCCUUUGUUCCAGUUUCUCCAAGAUCCGGGAAUGUAUGACCACGGACGGACGGGCAGCCAUGGUACAAAGAGCCCCAUGUCAAGAGACUUGGGGAUGUCUCGUACUGUUCUAGAUGAUAUAACAAACAGUAUUGACACAUUGCGACCAGGAGAACCACCCAAUGCUUCAGUUUUAGCAACAAUAGAGACCUUUAUCGCAAAGAUCUCUAAAGAAAUGGAUCUUGUCAUGAUCACAGAUUAUUACGACGAAUCGCUGGUUAUGCUAAAGAGGUUGAUGUGUUGGGAACUGAGAGAUAUCCUGUACUUCAAAAUGUUGUCAUUCUCAUACGAAACCAAGACAGAGAACAUACCACCAACACUGGUUGAAAACCACCGCAAAUGGGACAUUGUGGACUACCAUCUAUACGAACACUUUAACAGAACUUUCUGGAAGAGAGUGAAGGAGCUAGGAGACGAUUUUCGAGCCGAAACUGCUCACUUUAAAACAGUCCAUUUCUCAGUAUUAAAACAUUGCACUAUAGACAACCCUCUUAACAAGGGUGUACUGGUUAUACCAGAAAGUAGAUGGAACCCAAGUUUCACAGUUACGUACGAAUUCUGUACUUUAUUGAAAUAUGGACAGCUGUGUUACAUGUCUCUUCUGUAUGACCGUAACUUGAGGUAUACAAUUCGAAAGAAACCGAAUCCUGGAUCAAAAAGUCGCGUGGUACGGGAAUACUCCCCACACUGUGCUCUCUGUGAGACACUGGCUACAGAUUGUACAAUGUGCACAAAGAUAUCACAAGACUGUACUUUGAACGAGUACAUCACACACUUGUUUCUCGAGAAACAGUUGUCUCAUUUCGAUACAAGUCUAAGUAAUAAUCGUCGUACCAUAAACGGACAAAAUCAGGAAGAAUUUCGAGCGGACGGAUAACAUUACGUUGAUUAUUUAACAUGUUAGAACAUUGUUGGUGUUCUACAGCUAUUAAACGACGAAUAAAGAUAAUUUCAGUGUGCAAAUUAAA